GAAAGUGUUUGAAUAUGCUGUGCAUAUGUACAAAGCAUUUUCAAGUCCUCUCUACUAAAAAAGAUCUAUUUCUUGGUUCUGAUUUUAGCGUAUAAUGGUCAUUAAUAUCCACAUAACUCCGCGUGAACGCGAGAAACUAAUUCGAGAGGAACGACAACGAAGAAGGAUUGCACGAUUGCUUCAGGUUCGGCAGCAAACCGCUGAGAAUGCGCAGCUGAUCAGAGAACAGUUACAUAAUAACAAGAAAACCAACUUGGACAAAAUCAGAAAGGAUUUACGCAGAUCGAUAUCAGAAAACAUAUCAAGGGUGGCGUCUGAAACACGAUCUGAAAUGCCAAGAAUACCGCUUCCCUCCGACUCAUCGUCCGUGUCAAGUGCAACUUCUGGCGCUUCCUCUACCCGCACGCCAAGGCGACAUCGCCAUGUUUUCACCAAAGACGACGCUAUCAAAGCGUUGCAACGCGGUCGUCGCGCGCAUCAACGCCUACUUGAAGAGCGGGCCGAAGCGAAAAGGAAGGCGGAAGAAGCCGUGCGAUUGAGACGUGAAGCAGCUGAGGAAGCCAAUCGAUUCAAUAAGGCAAAUCCUACGGCUCAAUGAGAUCAGGAAGGAAGAAUGCAUGUGCGUCAUAAUGCCAGUUACGUUUCCUGAUUUUUAUAGGUUAGGCGUGAUUCACUCAGGCUUAUCCGUGAUUCUUUACAAUUUACAACUCAGUUUUUGCAACGCUAAACCUGCCAGGUUGGGUUCAACAAUAGUUUUCAUGGUUUGAGUUAGGUCUAAGCUGCUGAAGUCGGUUCUCUAAUUUUCGCAUGUAUAUCUAACUCGUCCACCAAAAUUGAUGCGUCGUGGUGGUUUCUCGCAGACGUCAAACGUCAGCUUGAGGCAAGAGAUCUCAUUCUCAUAGAGCAGCCAUGGCAGGUAGUCGUCCCUAAACAAAUACUUACUAUUGCUGUGAUAUAUUAUUGGUUGUUUGAAUUGAUUUACAUACUACAAAUGCCACUUGCCAGAACAGAAUGUUGAGAUUUUUUGCACUAAUAUAUGAUGAGUAUAAGAUAUGCAAUAUUCAAAGUGUGAGUGUGUCAGUCGGGCAGGAGACCGAAUUUCCCC